AUGGCCUCCAAGACUUUGGCAAGAACGCUGCGCACUGCUUCCAAGCAGAAAAUCAGCACACCUUCAAUCCCCAAGCGGACCUUUGUUUCUGCUCCUGCUGCCAGACCAGUCAUCGCAGCAACCCAGAGAACCUCCCUCGCCGCCCCCAGCCGGCAGCAGACGAGAGGUGUCAAGACAGUUGACUUUGCAGGCACCAAGGAGACCGUGUAUGAGCGAGAGGACUGGCCGCGUGAGAAGCUCUUGGACUACUUCAAGAACGAUACCCUCGCUCUGAUCGGCUAUGGCUCUCAAGGUCACGGCCAGGGUCUCAACCUCCGCGACAACGGAUUGAACGUUAUCAUUGGUGUUCGCAAGAACGGCGCUUCGUGGAAGGAAGCUGAACAAGAUGGCUGGAUUCCAGGAAAGAACCUGUUUGAGGUUGAUGAGGCUAUCUCCAAGGGUACCAUCAUCAUGAACCUGCUCAGUGAUGCUGCCCAGAGUGAGACCUGGCCAGCCAUCAAGCCGCAAUUGACAAAGGGAAAGACUCUUUACUUCUCCCACGGUUUCUCUCCCGUGUUCAAGGAGUUGACCAAGGUCGAUGUCCCCGAAGACAUUGAUGUCAUCCUCGUCGCGCCCAAGGGAUCUGGCCGUACCGUGCGAUCCUUGUUCCGUGAGGGACGUGGUAUCAACUCGUCCGUUGCCGUCUUCCAGGACGUCACUGGCAAGGCCGAGGAGAAGGCCGUUGCUCUUGGUGUUGCCAUCGGCAGUGGUUACCUCUACAAGACCACCUUUGAGAAGGAGGUGUACUCUGACCUGUACGGUGAGCGUGGUUGCUUGAUGGGAGGCAUCCACGGCAUGUUCCUCGCUCAAUACGAGGUUCUCCGCGAACGGGGCCACUCCCCAUCCGAGGCCUUCAACGAGACCGUUGAGGAGGCUACCCAGUCCCUUUACCCUCUGAUUGGUGCCAACGGUAUGGACUGGAUGUACGCUGCUUGCUCGACCACCGCCCGUCGUGGUGCCCUCGACUGGUCUGGCAAGUUCAAGGAUACCUUGAAGCCCGUGUUCAACGAACUCUAUGACAGCGUCAAGACUGGCAAGGAGACCAAGCGCAGCUUGGAAUUCAACAGCCAGCCUGAUUACCGCGAGAAGUUCGAGAAGGAGCUGGAAGAGAUCCGGAACUUGGAGAUCUGGCGUGCCGGCAAGGCUGUUCGGUAA